GUCUGCCUCGUCGACUUCCGCACUGAAUAAGGAUUGGUAAGAUGGCCACGAUGGCUAUUUUCAUAGAUAGGUAGAUCCGCCCUUGAGUUCUUGAAAAUAUGCAGUAUAUGUAAAAACAAUAUCCAUGCAGCUGGACGGAUAUAAGAGCAUAGUAUGUAGGAAGAUCACGUUGGGACUGGAGGCUCUUGGCUUUCGUCAUGCCGACCGCGAAGCUCCAGCUCCAGCAACAAGCCCCAAUUCUAACCAACAACCCUCAAUUAGGGUACAUCUCCCUCUUCUUAGAUCAAAAUGAUCCUCCAAACCCUCUCCCUCCUUCCUCUCGUCUUCAGCGCCCUGACAACCGCAACGCCAACUCUGACCCCCGAGCCCGCCACCCUCGACCCCUCCACAUCCAACGAGCUCCUCUACCUACACCGCAAGCUCAUCGAAACCGAAUCUAUAAGCUCCAACGAGAAAGACGUCGGACAGUGGCUCGCCAAAUACCUCCGUCAUCACGAUUGGACAGUCGAAACGCAAGAAGUCGCCAAGGACCGAUACAACCUGCUAGCAUACGGCAAGAAGCGCGAGACGACGAUCCUAUUGACAUCGCAUAUUGAUACCGUACCGCCAUACUGGCCAUACUACUACAACAAGACCUCAGACGUAAUCGGCGGGAGAGGCAGCGUCGACGCAAAGGCCAGCGUAGCAGCACAAAUCAUAGCUACAGCGGGGCUCAAAGAGAAAUUACAAGAUGAUAUCUCGCUCCUGUUUGUAGUCGGCGAGGAGACAGGAGGCGAAGGCAUGCGCGCGUUUAGCGACUGGGACAAACGCCCUUCCUCCCACGAAAUCAUCAUCUUCGGCGAACCCACCGAGGGGAAGCUCGUUUGCGGACACAAGGGCAUGCUAGGGUUCGCGCUCAAGGCGACGGGCAAGGCUGCGCAUUCAGGCUACCCGUGGCUCGGCGUCAGCGCAAACGACGUCCUUGUCGAGGCGCUCGGUGAACUGCUCGAGUUGAGGAAUCACCUACCUUGGAGCGAGAAGUACGGCAACACGACUAUGAACUUUGGGCGCAUUGAAGGCGGCGUGGCUGCAAAUGUCGUCGCCGAAACAGCAAGCGCAAGUGUCGCGACGCGCCUCGCUGCUGGCACCCCGGACAUUGUGCGCGGCCUCGUUCUCAACGCGCUCAAGAGUGUCAAAGCUGCGGCACAAAAGCAGGGCGGCGACUUGGACGUGGAGUGGAGGGGUGAAGGCUACGGGCCUGUGGACAUCAGCUGCAAUCUCGAGGGCUUUGAAACCUUAACCGUCAACUACGGGACUGACGUUCCCAACCUGAGCGGCGAUCACAAGAAAUACCUCUACGGGCCUGGGUCAAUCUUCGUAGCGCACUCAGACCACGAAGCGCUGAAGAGGAAGGAGCUUGAGCAGGCGGUGUUGGAUUACAGGCGGUUGAUCGUCAAGGCAACCGAGGUGAGACAGGAGCAACAGAGUGGAAAGCAAGAAGCGCAGAUCGAAUUGUAAAUAGAUAGCUGUAUAUACCCAACCAUACACGCAUACAUCCCACCUAGGGCAACUCCCACCACACCAUCCUCACCACUGCUUGAACAACAAUGUCAUAAUGUACCCCC